UACACCCGAAAUAUCUGCACAGUUGGUUGUCGAAGGUCUUUGUCCGCCGAAUUUCGAUUUAACCGUAAUACUGGUUAUAUUCUAAAUUCUCGUCGUUUUUAAGAAAACCUUUAAAGCAAAAUGCGUGAAUGUAUCUCAGUUCAUGUUGGCCAAGCGGGCGUCCAAAUUGGUAAUUCUUGCUGGGAAUUGUACUGCCUUGAGCAUGGCAUCCAACCCGAUGGUCAAAUGCCCAGUGAUAAAGCCGCUGGAGGAGGAGAUGACAGUUUUAACACUUUCUUCAGCGAGACUGGUGCUGGGAAACACGUUCCACGAGCAGUUUUUGUUGAUUUGGAACCCACAGUUGUAGAUGAAGUAAGAACUGGAACAUACAGACAACUAUUCCAUCCAGAACAACUUAUUACUGGCAAAGAAGACGCUGCCAAUAACUAUGCUAGGGGUCAUUAUACGAUUGGAAAAGAAAUUGUCGAUAUAGUUUUAGACCGGGUUCGUAAAUUGGCUGAUCAAUGUACUGGUCUUCAAGGUUUCUUAAUUUUCCAUUCAUUUGGAGGUGGAACUGGUUCUGGAUUCACAUCCCUGCUCAUGGAACGUUUGUCUGUUGAUUAUGGAAAGAAAUCAAAGCUGGAAUUUGCGAUCUACCCAGCUCCACAGGUUUCCACAGCAGUCGUUGAGCCAUACAAUUCCAUUUUAACCACCCAUACCACUUUAGAACACUCCGAUUGUGCUUUUAUGGUCGAUAAUGAAGCCAUCUAUGACAUCUGCAGACGUAAUUUGGAUAUCGAACGCCCGUCUUACACCAACUUAAAUCGUUUGAUUGGCCAAAUUGUUUCUUCAAUCACCGCCUCCUUACGUUUUGAUGGUGCCCUCAAUGUCGACCUUACUGAAUUCCAAACUAACUUGGUUCCAUAUCCUCGUAUCCAUUUCCCUCUCGUUACAUACGCCCCUGUUAUUUCCGCCGAAAAAGCUUAUCAUGAACAACUUUCCGUAGCUGAAAUUACCAACGCUUGUUUUGAACCUGCCAACCAAAUGGUAAAAUGCGAUCCUCGUCAUGGUAAAUACAUGGCUUGUUGCAUGCUGUAUCGUGGAGAUGUCGUCCCUAAAGAUGUAAACGCCGCGAUUGCCACCAUCAAGACUAAACGUACCAUCCAAUUCGUUGAUUGGUGUCCAACUGGUUUUAAAGUUGGUAUUAACUAUCAACCACCAACGGUUGUCCCAGGUGGAGAUUUGGCUAAGGUUCAACGCGCCGUUUGCAUGUUAUCAAACACGACGGCUAUUGCUGAAGCUUGGGCUCGUUUAGAUCAUAAAUUUGAUUUGAUGUAUGCUAAACGUGCUUUUGUUCAUUGGUAUGUUGGUGAAGGUAUGGAAGAAGGAGAAUUUUCUGAAGCCCGUGAAGAUUUGGCUGCCCUCGAAAAGGAUUAUGAAGAGGUUGGAAUGGAUUCUGGAGAAGCUGAAGGAGAAGGAGAAGAAUAUUAAGUGAAAUUAAUUGUUUUUCAUUAUUAUGUAUUGUUAUCAAUUUUGAUGCUGUUAAUUUUUAAUGAAUUAGU